AAUGGACAGUGGAGUAUGUAAGUGUACAGACCCUUGCUGGCAUGGAGUUAGCUGUCAUGACCUUUGUAGUGGUCAAGGAUUCUGUACCCAGGAGGGAAACAGCCACUGUGAAUGCCAACCUAGCUAUUGGGGAGAGUUCUGUGAAAUAGCAAGUUGCCAUGGCGAUGGCCGCCCAUGCUCGGGGCAUGGCGUUUGUCAACCAGACAGAACGUGCAUGUGUGAGAGCAGCUGGUUAGGACAAGGAUGUGAACUCCCUGUCUGCAUCAACGACUGCAACGGAUACGGCUUCUGCGAUGGUUCCAGUGGCAUUCCGGUGUGCCAGUGCGAUGAGAACCACUUUGGACUGGAUUGUGGGUAUGACUGUGUGAAUGGUACGGUCUUCAAUGAAACCUGUGUAUGCGAUCCAUGUUCCUCUGGCCCCUUCUGUGAUCAGGAAUGUGCUGGUCAUGGCAUAUGUAUGGAUGACACAUGUCAUUGUGAUCAGGCAUGGUGGGGUACUGAUUGCAGUUACCGUGGCUGUCCAGGUGAUGGAACCAACUGCACUGGACAUGGCUACUGCGAUGCUCUUCGUCAACAAUGCAGCUGUAUGUUAGGAUGGAAGGACCAAGGCUGUAAUGUUCCUGAUUGCAUUGGAGAACCUGACUGCGGAGGAAGGGGUUACUGCAAUGGAUCUUAUGACCCAUUACCGCAAUGUGAUUGCUACAAUGGAUGGAUAGGAGAAGCUUGUGAGGUCCCAUGCAUCAAUGGAACUCAAGACCCAUUAGACCCUAACCGUUGCAUCUGUCACCAUUGCUUUGGUGGGUUGAGCUGUGAUGUGGAAUGCAACAACAGAGGGAGCUGUUCGGAGAGUGAAGGCUGUGCAUGUGACCCAUUCUUUAAGGGGGAGCUUUGCAAUGAGUUUGAUUGUCCAGGAGAACCAGAUUGCUCAGAUCGAGGUUCUUGCCUCUUUAGAGAUGGAGAAGCAUUCUGUCUCUGUGAUCCUGGAUUUACAUCAGAAAACUGUAGUGAACUGGUGUGUCCUGGACAGCCUCAGUGCUCAGGCUUUGGAACUUGUACAUUGAUAGAUGAUACGCCCCUUUGUAUCUGUCAACAUGGCUUUGAUGGCGAUGCUUGUCAGACAUGCCGCCCUCGGUUUACCGGAGACACCUGCGACCGUUGCAUUGAAGGAUACAUCGGUUACAACACCAGCUGCAGUAUCUACUGUCUUCAUGGCUAUGCUUCCGAUCCUGGAGGAGAUGAAUGUCAGUGCUAUGAUGAUGAUGAACAUGGCCACUGGAGUGGACAGAGCUGUCUCCAGUGCAAGAAUGGAUUUGCUCUGCCAGACUGCCAACAGUGUGAAAGAAACUAUGUUGGAGAUUGUAGCAUCAGUUGUAUAGAGGGCCAAGGUACCUAUUCUGACCCUAUGGAUGGGUUAGGAGGAGAGGGAGCCCUCCAACCAUUCUUGCAGUGCCUUACGCCCCAAAACGAAACGUCAGAUGGAAUUGCCUGGUUUGGUUACAGGAACCUGAAUACUCACAAUGUGUACCUUCCAAUUGGUCCUGCCAAUCACUUUGAUUUUGAUGAUUAUGGUGGUCAACCCACCAAGUUCAAACCAGGUCUCCACUACAGCUCCGUACGAAUUACGUUCAAUGACAAGGUAUCAGCAACAUGGUUCCUGUCUUAUAGUCCUUCAAACAGUCAAUUCAGAGAGACUGCUUCAGAGGCCAACAGCACUGUCCGUCUAUGCACAUCACGGGAUGAAGAGAUAGCUCUUGAGAAUCAGCUGGAAUCAGCCAAUGACAGCCACUGCAUUUGCAACCAUGGGUAUUGGGGCCCAGCUUGCCAGAAUGAGUGCAUUGGGGGAUCAGACAAUCCUUGCUUUGGUAAUGGCAUCUGCAAUUCAAACUCCGGACUGUGUCAUUGUGAAGAUUCUGUCGAUCAAAUGUCAGCUAACUGUACCUUGUGUUCAGAGGGAAGAUUUGGAAUAGAUUGCUCCGUGGCAUCAAGUAGCCUCAUAGAAGAUGUGAAUGGGAUGCGGUAUGCAGCUGCAUAUGGCCCGGGGCACUUCACAACAUUUGAUGGAUCGUCUUAUACUUACCGGGGAGAGGGAGAGCAUUACUUGAUCAACAGUUCCAUUGAGCUACAAGUUAGACUUGUGCCCUGUAGACAAGGGAAACCAGCAACUUGUAUCAACGCAGUGGCAUUCUCUGCAGGAAAUGGAAGAAUCGUUGCCAUCCAUGGUGGUUACACGGAUAAUGAUGUCCAGUUCGUGACUUGGAUUGAUGGAGAAGAGCAAAGUAUCGAUUCGGACCUGCUUGGCAACGGCUUUUUGAUCACCCGCCUUUCUUACGACCAUUUCUUGAUUUCCAAAGAUGACUUCAUGGACAUCAGUGUAUACAUCAGAGGGCGCUAUAUCAGUGUAUUUGUCAAAACCACUGGUGCUGCAUGUAGCGAACUGCAUGGACUCCUGAGUUCAUGCAAUGGAAAUCCAUAUGAUGACUUUGUCCUAUCUAAUGGAAACCACCUUUACUUAGACAGGAUCAGUUCAUAUUCCUUGAGUCAAGACAGCAUUCAUCAUAUAUUCGGACCCUCUUGGAAAGUUAGAGAUUCUUCACUUCUGUCAUCAAUCUACCUGCAUGGCAAUUAUCAACAAGUAUACGAUAUUGAGGGUUCAGAUGCUGGAUAUGCCAUGUUUUUCGAGGAUUCCUCCUUGAAAUCAACCUCCCCUAUCAAUUCAUUUACAGGACCUGAUGUCACAUUUGAACUGGAUUUGAAGCUUGCUGAAGUGUCUCAAGAGUGCAAGGCUGUUUUCUCCUACUAUCUGUCGGAUACAUCAGGACUGCUGUUGUGUGAUGGUUAUCUUACAAUUUCAGUUGAAACCAGUCAAGUUGCUACUUUCAAUAUCAAGCUUGAGGUUGAUACAUGGUAUCAGAUCUCUAUUCUUUGGCUUCAGUCUGUUAAAAGGCUUCAGGUGUAUGCCAUAUCAGACUCCACUUUCCAAUCUGAUGUUUUUGUUGUUGAUGGAAGCCUAUCCAACUUCCUUGAUCCCGGUGGAAUCUUAGUGUUUGGUCAGUGGCAGCUGCCGUCAGGUUACUCCGGGCCAUUUCUGUACAGAGGCUUCUCAGGUUGGCUCGAUGAAAUUAAGAUCUGGAACUCUUACUAUUUUGAGAAUGAUGUGAGAUCACAUUAUGGUGUUACUGCUGAUAUGUCAGAUUCUGCUCUAUCUAGUUACUUUGUACUGAACGAAGGUCAAGGGUCAGUGAUUAAGGAUUCAAAGUCGAUCAUGACGUUAAUGAUACUUCCAGAAAUAUGGAAUCCCCCAAGGUGGCAGUUCUCCUCUGCUACUGUACAUAGAUCCACUGUGGCAACAUUAAGAAGUAUUUAUUAUCCUUCUUGGUCUAAUCAAUUAGCCCAUGACGAGGCAGCAGUCUUGUGCUCUAGGAUAAUAAGUGAUACUCCUCUAUCACCAUUUAGUGUUUGUUCAGAUCUAGAAAUGGUAGAAUACUAUGCAUAUCUUUGUUCCGCAGAUUCUGCACUACACGAUACAUCAUCAUAUUCUAUGGAAGUUAUCCUUGCAUACUCCCAACAUUGCAGAUCUAUUCUCAACUUAAUGCAGUCUCCUGAACAGUCAUAUUGCAAUGACUUUCCAGGGAGACGCUUUCCUGAUUGGACAGGUCCAGGAUGCAAUAUUCCGUGUAAGUCUGGAGUUGGUCCUAGCUCCUGUUCCUGCUAUAGUGGAUAUUGGGGUGAAGCAUGUGAGCACAGCUGCCCAGGAGGUGAUGGAUCUCUUGCUUGUGGUGGUGUGGGUGUUUGUCUAUCAGAUAAUGGUACGUGUGACUGCCCUCUAUCCUUUGAUUCAUCCUCGGAUUGUUCCUCAUGCACUCCUGGGUGGUCUGGGCUGGAUUGCUCUGUGACUACUGUCAAUAGUACAAACAUACUCCAGCCCGUCUGUGCAAUGUUUGGCUUUGGGCAUAUAAUAACCUUUGAUGGACUUUCAUUGUCACUAGAUAUUCCUGGUGAAUACCAAUUAGCCAGUGUUGGCGACAUUGAUGUCUAUAUCAGACACACACCAUCUCCAUGGUUUGACCUAUCAUGCAGCAUAACCUCAGUUUGGUUGAAGCUCUCAGACACCAGCUUAACCUUUCAGGCUUCUUUUUCAGAUGAAGGUUCUGUGAGGGUGUAUUUGGAUGAUGAUCUCUUAACUCCAUCCGGAGACAUGACACUUCCUUCUGGUCACAUCCUCCUGAUAUCCUAUGAUGGCUAUAUAGUACAUGAUAACCAGACUACUGUGGCUAUCAUCAGUCAUCUGACAUAUUUUGACAUCCAGGUGACCACACGAUUUGAGAUUUGCAGGAACUCAUCCAGACCCUUGAUCAGUGGAAACUGUGACAGUGACCCAUCCAAUGACCUUCGCAUCAGUAAGGAUGAAUUCAUAGAUCCAGUAGAUAUAACUUAUGAGAAGGUAAAUGGGCCUUGGGCAAAAUACAUCAGACUAGCUCCAGAAAGUUCAACCAAGUUUGUCUACCACCAUCCUAAUCGUAUAGAUGCACAAGAUUUGACUCCAGGCGGUUAUGGCUUAUACUUCAAUGACUCAAGCUGCAUUAGCGAUCAACUCCAGGAUGAUAUUUUCAGUGUAGAAGAAGAUAUGACUAUUGAACUCCUCUUCUUUCCUAUUGGUUCUACCUCUGGUUGCUUAUUUUCUUAUCUCAAUGGAAACUCUUUCUUUGCUUUAACUAUCGAUAUAACUCUUCAAAUCUAUGUCUCUACUUCUUUGAACAUUGACACAGGAAUUAUCAUUCACCCAGAUCAUUGGAACUUUUUAUCCUUUGUUUAUCACAGAGAGAGUGGAGGAUGUACAAUUGUUUAUGUAGGUAAGAACACUAUAAGUGGAUGGUCAUUUAUUGUAGGAAGGGGAUACUUCUUUCCAGGAGGCAGUGUAGCAGUAGGUACCUGGCAAAGUUCAGAUUAUGAAUAUCCAUAUGAAACUGGAUAUCAUGGUUACAUAGAUGAACUACGUAUUUGGAAGAGAAAUUUUGACAUCACAACAACGUGGAGUAAUACAAAUCUUAACAUUCAGGCUGGUAUUCCUGGGCUUGUUGCUCUGUGGAAGUUUGAUGAAGGAAAUGGAGUAAAAGCAGUAGACAUUGUAAGCCUCACCCAACUCCAGUUUUCAAGUGAUAGAGGACCUUUCUUUGCUCUAUGUGGUGCACCAAUAGAUUCAAUUCCAAAAUCAUUUCACUACUUUGAAGUUUACGACAGAUACCCAAGUUCAGAGUCAAGAAAAGAAGCAUUGGACAUUUGUACUGAGGUAGUUUUAGAUAAAUACUUGAUUGAUGGAUGCAGUCAGUUGGGUAGAUCUGUUUCUUUGUUUUUCCUGCAGAAUUGUUUCUAUGACUCCUCACAUAUGUCAGAUAAUCAACUUGCAUAUGUGAAUGCUCGUAUCUACUCAGCUUACUGUGGAUCAGUUCUCGAUCUGGAAGUGUCACCAAAGAUGGAAUUAUGCGAUAAAGCUCGUGGAAACCCAGAUGUUUUCCUUGCGCUUGGAUGCACUGAUAUUGGUUCUUGCAAGUUUGGGUAUUUUGAUGUUGCUACAGCAGAGUGUGUUUGCCUAGAAGGCUACUGGGGUUCAUACUGUUCAAAUAUCUGUCCUGGUGGACAUGAAAACCCAUGUAACAGGAAAGGGUACUGUGAUAAAUACACAGGAGUCUGUCAUUGUCCAUUGACAUGGUCAUCAGAGAGUAACUGUACAAAAUGUGAAAGUGCAUGGUCUGGGGAAAACUGUGAUGUUGCACUGCCUGUGCCAGAUAUUGAAACUAACAAUAAAACCUGUGGUGUUUUUGGCCAGGGUCACAUCUUGAACUUUGAUGGUGCAUAUUUUGAUUUUAAGGAGUUUGGGGAGUAUGUGCUACUGUUUGACAAAGAUUCUUCUUUCUCUAUUCAAGCACGAAUCAUUCCUUGCUACAAUUUUUCAUCCUGUGUCUCGGCAGUAGCUGUGUCCAAUAGCUCGCAUACAUUCAUCAUUCGAUCAGGAUAUACAUCUCAAAGCAAACCACUCUUCUGGUUUGCUGGAGAGCAGAUAGAGCUGAAUAAUUUAGAAGAAACUGUUGGACAUGUUGUUGUGAGACAUAUGUCGAAUUUUGAAUACCACCUGAUAGCUCUUGACCAAACCUGGACAGCCCAGAUACGUAUCGUUGACCGUUAUCUCAACAUCUUAAUAAAUAUGGCAAGAGAAUGUACUGCAUUAUCAGGUAUCUGUGGGUCUUGUGAUAACAAUGUAACAAACGACAUCUUCCCAGUCCAUGAAGGAAAGCUGCUCUGGCAGAAUCGUGGAAGAUCAUUGUUUUCGCCCUUGUUUGAGUCAACUUCAUAUAAUGAAUUAGAAGUCAGUGUUGGAAGUGGUUAUACUUUAACCUUUGAUGACACAUUCCUUCAGUCAGAAAAUCUGGAUCUUGAUUUACAGGGGUCAGUUUCAUUUGAGCUCUACUUUCGAACCAAAACUAACCAUGGUGUUCUAAUGUCCUUUGGAGCAAGACGUACCUUCUCCAUGUACCUAGAUACGACACUACAGAUUAUUGUUGGCACAGCUCAUUUUGAUACAAAUGUAGUUCCUUUCAUAGACUGGAACCAUCUUGUUUUAGUAAUUAAGCCUUCCGAUCAACAAGAUGUAUUUUCACUAAGAUUGGCAUUGAUUGAUUCUGAUGGUCUCACCAAAACUUGGGAAAUAACCAUUACUGAAAAUAUCUUUGUCUCAAGCUUCUAUAUUGUCUUUGGUCAAUGGCUGCCAGGUGAGGAUACUUACAUUCCAUCCCCUGUAUCUCGUCCAUUCCGUGGUUCCAUUGACGAGUUUUACAUCUGGAAGAAGGAGCUUUUGGUAACAGAGGUUCUUGCAAGAUUGGGCAGUAGUGUACUUCCUGGCCCAGCAGACCUUGUGGCUCUCUGGAAGUUUGAUGAAGGUCAAGGGAACACGGCAACAGAUUUGGUUAACCAAAAACAGUUCAUGAUAAGGCAGUACUCAUGGAAUGUAAGAACGCCCAUAUGGCAGUUUUCAUCAGCUCCUAUCAGCUUGUACUCUCCAACAUAUAUUUUGCAUAAUCCUUCUGAGUGGUUUCAGUCCUGUGUGGAAUUGUUUGCGACGAUCAGUUCCACUUGUCAUUCCGUCUCAGAUCAGAUAGAUGUUUAUCUAGUUGCAUGUGCAAGGGACUAUGCUUUGUCCAAUUCUGAGUAUGCAAGACUUGGGGUACUCCUUUCGUAUGCAGACGUAUGCCAUCUGAAUUCAGAAUCUACACUGAGUUGGCCUGCACAGGAUCUUUGCAAUUCCUUUGAUGUUUAUUUUCCUCUUUGGUAUGGACCAUCUUGUGAAUCAAAGUGUUACUUCUCAUUAGACACUGAUUCACCAAUAUCAAACUGCACAUGUUCUCCGGGAACUUGGGGAAUUGAAUGUGAUUCAUCCUGUGUAGGAGGUGUGGGGUCACAUUGCAAUGGCCAUGGCACAUGUUCUCCUGCUAGUGGAUCUUGUCAAUGUGAGUCUAACUGGAUGGGCAGCAGUUGCGAUGUGUGUAGUCAAGGAUGGUUCGGAAGUGACUGUUCCCUAACCGCCAGUAGAACCCCUGACAUACCUCUGUCAAGGUGCUCCAUGUACAUCAAUGGACAUAUCACUAUGUUUGAUGGUUCUGUCUUUGAAUUUUCAGAUACCAGUGAUAUGGUUUUCUUCUCUUCCUCAGAUAUUGAGAUUCAAAUAAGGCAGAUUCCUUGCAACGGUUUGCCAUCAUGCAUCACAGCAGUAUCAUUUGCCACUGGCACAAGUCACAUGCUUUUAUCUGCUCCUCAUUUGCAACAAUCGGAUCCAGUCAUCUUGCUGAACAAUGUCACACUGCCAUUGGAAACUGAGCUAUUUGUGGGAUCUACUGGUUUUUCUCUUAUCAGGGUUGCGGUUGGUCACUUUGAAAUAAAUGGACCAAAUAACUUUAAGUUCAAGAUAUUAAGUCCCGGAGCUUACUUCAAUUUAGAGGUUUUACAAACAAAUUGCAUCUUCUCUUCUGGACUUUGUGGUCCCUGUCAAGUAAUGGCCACAUCAUGUGGUGAUUCUCAAGCUCUGUGUGCAAUCAAUAAUCUCGGCUUUGUUGCUUAUGCAUCACUCUACCCAUUAAGCUUUUCAUUAUCACAACAAUACGGUGCCAGCUAUGUGAGAUAUGGACCUUCAAGUUUAAUAUAUACACAGCUGUUGGCAGCAUCUCAAGCUACCUAUAUCCCAGUCUUUGGGAGCCCUUCAGGUUAUGCCUUACAGUUCUAUGAAGACGGAAUCAUGAGUGAUCCACUACCAAGUUUUUUCUCUGCUGGACGAACCACCACACUUCAAUGGUAUUGCAAAUUCACAGAUAUUCCUGGGGGUACCUUGUUUUCUGCUUCAGAGAGCAAAUCAUUAGCGGUAACAGUAGGAGAUGAUGGUAACUUCUGGAUUCAUGCAGGAUUCGAGUCCCAAACAACAGGCAUCAUUGCUCCACAGAAUGACUGGUUAUUUAUCAUGGUAUCAUACUCCUCAGAUGAUGGACAGAUUGUCUUCUAUUGCGUCAAGUCAUCUGGUGCAGUGUAUAAAGCUUCUUUGAACUUUUCUUUCAGGGUACAGCUUAUUAGCCCUGGAGUUGUCCUUGGUAUUGGGUCUUGGGUAUUACCAUCCACUGGUUCAGUGCCUUUGCCAAGAAUGCAAUUUCAUGGAAUGAUUGACAACCUCAUAAUAACAAAAGACAGCUUUGUGACUUUGAAUGAAGUACUGGUAGCCUGGAAACAGCAAUUUUCCCCAGGUGACCCUUCUGUUGUUCUUUAUUUGACCUUUGAUAAGGGUACUGGUGCUAAAUUCUAUGAUGCUGCAUCUAGUAUUCCAUGGAAUAUUCCACAGAGUUUACAUAGGAAACCAUCCUGGGUUGUUAGUGAUCUGCCGAUCGUUCCCCAACCUGGGAGGGAGAUUUUCACCCUCCAAGUUAGCUUCUCAGAUGAAACCUUAGAAAAGGAUGCCCUUGCAAUAUGUAGGGAACAAAUUUAUGAUGGUCCUGUUGAUCAGGCAUGUGGAAGCUUAAGCGAAUCAGCGCAAUACCACUACCAAGCAUGCUUGAGCAUAAUUGCCUCUUCAGGAAGGCUUCGACUCUCUCUGGAUGCUACUCUGGAUUUUUCAAGUGGUUGUCAAGAAGUGUUACAUCUCCCUUCUUCACCUGCUCAACAGCUGUGCAAUGCAUUCACUGAUACAUUUUCUUGGCCAUAUGCUGGAAGUACCUGCAGUGAGCGAUGUGUCUUUGGAUACUUCACAGACCACUGCAUAUGUGACCGAGGCUACUACGGAGCUCAGUGUGAUCAGACCUGCCCCGGAGGACCCAACAACCCCUGCAACGCUCAUGGAUCUUGCAAUCCUGUGACAGGCCACUGCAUGUGUGAACCCAACUGGGAGAGUGGAACUGACUGUACAACAUGCUCAGAAGGUUAUGUUGGAGAAGAUUGCUCAAUAGGCAUAGUUCCCCAACCCCCUUCCACAACAUCCAUAUCUGUUGUCUGGCCUGACACAAUAACUACUUAUGCAGGACUUCAGGUGCCAUUGAUGUCAUUUGGUAUCUUCAUCAUAUCUGAUGCUACUGCUCCAGGAUUUCGUUUCUACUGUCAUGUGAACCUUAUUCCAUCUCCUCAAGGAUUUGUGAUUCUUCUUAUCACCUUCAGCCACAAUGAUGUGCGAAUACGAUUUCAUCUCGAUAGAAGAACACAGGAAGUGAAUACAGUGGUAGGAGGUUUCCUCACACAGAUUGAUGAUGUCAUUACUAGAACCGAUAGCCAUGGCAAUACUAUCACCAUCAAUCAUCCGUCACCGGAUCACUAUGAGGUUGAGUGUGCGACUGGUUUGACACUGAUGGUGAUGGUCUCAGAUGGCACACUUGGUGCAGAGAUCAAGUUAUCUCGAGGCGCUUGCUGUUUGGGUGGACCAUCAUGGGGAGGACUUGCUGGUUUUUGCCAUUGCAGCCACAGAAUUAUAAAACCCACACAUUUCUUCAAUGAAACCGACAGUAACUCAGACAUCACAAAAAAAACCUUGGAAUGGAUGACAACAGAUGAUGUAUCUUCAGGCAAUGAUUCAUUUGAGUAUGUGCUACCGGGGGGCUUUGCUGGAUUUUCAAUUAAGCUAAACAACUCAUUAGUAUAUGUUGACUCAGUUGCAGCUUUCGUCAGCAAUGCAAUCACGAUAUCAAUAAAUGUGAAGUUCUGUGGCCCUGCUUGUGGAGGUGUCAUCUUCGCAUAUGCUGGAGCAUCCACCUUCCUCGUAUCCGUUGAGACUUUUGUGACCCUCCAUGUUGAUGAUAUCCUGUACUCAACUGAUCUUCAACCUGCCAUUGGGAACUGGACUCAAGUCAGUUUGCUCUAUGAUAGGUCAAACCUCGUUCUUCAAGUAUACCUCCAUGACUUCUCAGGCUAUGCAGCAUGGCGAAGCAUUCACCUUGAUACAGAUGUCUUUGAACCCCUUGGCAGUCUGGCUCUAGGAAACUGGUUUCCAGGUUCUUCAUACCCAAAUCUAGGCAUCUUUCAUGGAGAUAUUGAUGAGUUUACCGUUUGGGACAGGUUUUUAGAUGAAGCUGAACUUCGAGCCCUUCUGAGAGCAAGUCCUCUGUCUUGCACCCCAAACUUGGUAGCUCAAUGGAGAUUUGAUUCUUUGAAUGGCGACAUGAUAUUGGACUCGGUGUCUGAUGUACCAAUGCACCUGUCAUCCCCUGGCUACCAAUCUCCUGAACUUGUGACCUCUGACCUGGAAUUGGAUGUCCCAGGAUCAGGCAUACCUCCAGGAGAAGAUUCUGCGUUAAACCUGCAAGGGACAGUAGUCACUGAUGGCAAUGGAUUUGAUGUCAUUGAUCCAUGUGGGCAGGAAACCUCCGUAGGAUCUUGGAUUGAGGUUUUCUGCUCUGAUAUCAUCUAUUCAGGACCUCUUGGACAGGAGUGCCAGCUUGGUCAGUCUGCCUCAUUGGAUGUCUAUGUAGAAUGCGUGAAGGCUCUUGAGAAUACAAACAGCACUGAAGCAGCCCUACCAAUCAUCAUCAGAUAUGCAGACUUCUGUCAGGCUACACUGUUAUUAUCUUUCUGGCCAGCUCAGACACUCUGCAACAGGUUUGGAGAUGCUCCAUUCCCAUUGUGGAUCGGGGAUGACUGCGACAUCCAGUGUGUCUAUGGUAACAAGGAUCUCAAUGACCGUAACAUCUGCCUCUGUGAUGCAGGCCACUGGAAUGUAUCCUGUGAUAAGGUUUGUCCUGGUGGAUCCAACAAUCCAUGCAAUGGUAUAGGUGUGUGCAACAGGCUGACAGGACAUUGUGACUGUCCAGUGAACUGGCAAGGAGCUCCAGAUUGUUCUGUCUGUACUCCAGGAUGGACUGGGGCUGGAUGUGCUCUGUCUAAGAUGCCCAUCGGUCUUGGAGAGAGGAUAUCAUCCAUUGGCCUUUCUUUCAUCACAACAUAUAAUGGAUUUACUUUCCAGUUUACCCACAUUGGAGAGUAUCAGCUUUUGGUAAUAGGGCAUCAUCAAUUUGGUCUUCAAGCCAAAUUUGUUAAUUGCUUUACACAAAAAUCGUGCAUGCAACACCUGGGCUUUUACUUUGGUGACAAUGUCAAUGGUUAUGGGUCUGUAACAAUAAGUGCUGGGGAGCAUCCUAAAGACUUCAUGUCUGUUAGAUUAAAUGGAAGAUCAUAUGAUCUGCAUACCAAUGUGACCUUUGGGAAUGCUGGGUACGUCUUUAGGAGACUAUCCUUGACUGAAAUCUUGUGCACUGGUCCAGAUGGAUUGAGGUUAACUGUGAGGUCAUCUGGUUUGUACAUCACACUUCAAACAGAAUUACCUGAAAUCCUGUGUGCUGUAUCUCAGGGUCUUCUAGCAGGUGGUUGCUGUAACUCAAGCUCCAACUCCACAUCACCCUUUACCAUCCCUAUGCAACCUCUGAAAUGUCCUGGCAUCAGUGGUUUGGAAAUAAACCCAGCACCUCUUAAUGAUUCUGACUAUACCUAUAUCACUGAUGAUUCCAUACCUGCAUGUCAAGAUGGACAGGGAACAAGGUCAUCCAAUUUCAAUGACCUCCUACAUGCCUGGUUAAUCAACAACUGUGAGUCUGUCAUCAGUUACCGUUCUUUGCUGAUACAGCAUCAACAGCAAAUCGAUUUCAAUCUUCAGCUCAACCCUUCUGUCCUCUUCGUCAAGGAACUUAUUUCCAUUGCCCCUGUCAAAUAUGAUGUCACUUUUGAGCUGUUUGUGAAACUUCUUGACCCUUAUGGUGUAAUCUUGUCGUUCUCACACUCCUCGACAUUUUCCUUGUAUGUCAAUGGCACUCUUCAUAUCAACCUUGGGGGUAUUGUUUACACAACUUCACUGAGGCUACAACUUCAAGCAUGGUAUAAGAUUGUGGUAGUGUUCACUGCUUCAAGCAACAACCAUGUCAACAUCUAUCUUGUGACUUCUACUCAAGAUGUUUUCAGAGAAACGAUUGAUCUUCUUCAUCACCCUGAUUUCUUCAAGCAGGCUGGAUACCUUGCACUUGGUUCUUGGCUUCCAAGCUCCAAUGAUGUAGGUGUUUCUUCUCUACCAGGUCUAAGGGGACAUAUUGAUGAUCUACGGAUAUGGAAUAGAGCUUUCACCCCUGGAGAUGUGGCUACACUUUGGACUACCAUAAUUCCAGAUGAUGCUGAGUUCCUGACAGCAUUCUGGCCUUUAGAUGAAGGACAGGGAGAUGUUGCUGUGGACAUUGUUCAAGGCAUUUGUUUUCAUAUGCCAGAUGAACCAUGGUCACCAUCUGUGUGGGUCACUUCGGAUAUCAUCAAUCCCAGCCAAUCUGUUCCAUUACCAGAUAGUCAUUUGAAUGCCAGUAUUAAUGUUUGUUCAAGACUUUUCUUUACUGAUCCCUUGCAUGGUGCAUGCCAACCAUUCCUUGGCCCAACCACAGCCUCGUACCAUGAUCUCUGUCUUCAAGCCGCCGAUGAUGCUGGAGAAGGAGGAGCAUAUAAUGUUGCAUUUGCAUAUGCUGAUAUCUGCCAAACGAUUUUGAACCUGACCAGUUGGCCUGCCCAGCCACUCUGUAAAGAAGUUCCACACCUCAGAGCUGGUAGCCAAUGCAAGGGUGAUUGUGUUAAUGGAGUAGAAGUCUCAGAUGUUUGCUAUUGCCAUGAGGGUUUCUUUGGAAACCAUUGUGAAUUAGUUUGCCCCGGUGGCUUUGUAAAACCUUGUAGUAAUCAUGGAGUGUGUGAUCCUCAAGGACAGUGCAGAUGUGAACAAAACUGGCAAGGUUCUGUAGAUUGUAGUACGUGUUCUGGCAAUUGGGAAGGCAUAGAUUGUACACUAGUACAUACAUCUGUCCUGGUUGCUUCACAAGGUGGUCAUCGAAUCAAUUACAAUGCUUUGAUAAGUGUCCAUACCCAAUAUAUAACAUUUGAUGGUCUGACUUUCUACUUUGGAGCAGUUGGAGAAUUCUACCUUGUAAGAACUCAGAGUUUCCGGCUGCAAAUACGCCAAGUCCCAUGCUUCACUGAAGGUACAUGUGUUGCAGCAUUUGCAGUCUUCUCAGAUGAAGAGCAGAUUGUGUUCCAUGCUCCUUACAAUAGUGGAGACGUGCCAAUUCUCUGGCUUAACCAUAGAAUUAUUCACAUAAGCCAAAUUGAGACUAUGAUAACCCAGCAUUGGUUGCUACAUGAGUUGCAACAAGGAAAAUACAAACUAACAUUCCUAGAAGAAGGCUACUCUGUUGAUAUCCAAGUCAUUAGAAGACAUCUCCAACUAAGUAUUUCAUUACCACAACAAACCUGUCAAGAUUCUGAAGGAUUACUUGGGAACUGUAACGGUGAUGUCAGUGAUGAUUUUCGUGGACCUUUGAAUUCCACCACUCAACAGGACAUUAAUGGAGAGAUAGCCGACAGUUGGCGUGUACCAAUCAAUGAAAGCUACUUUGUACACUCCUAUGGCCCAUACAUUGAAAUGCCUAUACCAUCGGGAGCUAUCUACAGCCUUCGAGUUGACCACACUGGUGCUGUUACAACUCCAACAAAUUUCACCAUUAGAAAUGCCACCUUGAUUGAAUCAAUAACAAUCAAUUUCAGGAUCAAGGUUCUCGCUGAUGAAGGAGUUAUAAUUUCAUUGAACUUUGGAAGAACAGUUACAAUGUACCUUGUGGGUUCACAUCUAAGAAUAUAUGACAGCUUGCUCCACUAUGAUACAGCUAUCGUACUUGCUGAGAAUUUAUGGAUCCAAAUCUAUUUUGUUAUCACAGCGAAUGGUACCAUUCGGUUAUAUGCCUUUACAGAUACGGGUAUCAGCAAUUCAUACACAACAAAUAUUGCAUCCUUCCCUUCAUUCAUGGAUGAUUUCUACAUAUCCAUUGGUCAGCACAUCAUACAGCCAACCGAGAAUAAUAUUCUGUUGCUUUCUUCAUUUGUGGGGGAUAUUGAUGACUUGCGUUUGUGGUCCAGACAAUUUCACCCAGCUCUCAUUGACCAAGGAAGAACGGUGAACUUAUUUGCCAAUGUUGACCAAGAAUUCCUUAUUGGACUGUACCGAUUUGAUUUCAGUUCUUCUAGUCACAUGGAUGAUGUUCAAAGAAUCAAUCUACUGAGUCCUCAUGAUCCCUGGCCAAGUCCUUGGACCAUACCUUCUGACGCCAAUGUUGACAUCUCGAUAGCGGAUCCAUUCGCAAGGACAUUCAACAAUAAAAGUCUUGCCGCUGACGCAGUGGAUAUAUGUUCUUUCCUUGACCCUAAUAGCAAUGUCAGUACAUGGGAUCUGUGUUCAAACUCGACAGAAGCCUUCCAAGGCUUUUUCCAUUUAUCAUGCCUAAGGACAGUUUCAACCUCAAGAUCUACAGAUGCUGCAUUUGCACUGAUGUCCUCUGUGUUAGAUUAUUGCGCAACUUUAAAUGGAGAAAAUGUCAGCUAUGAUGGAUUAUGUUUCAUGUUAAGAAACAAAAGACUGCCCAACUGGUUGUUAGACCUGUGUGAUGCAUCAUGUAUAUAUGGAACACCUGAUGCUGAUGGAAAGUGUUCUUGUCACAGUGGCUUUUGGGGAGUCAGCUGUUCCUUUGAUUGCCCAGGUGGUCACUCUCAUCCCUGCAAUGACAAUGGACAGUGUCUACGUGAAGGAAUAUGUGAGUGUUUACCUAAUUGGUCUGGUGAUGAAUGCAAUCAAUGCAACCAUGGAUGGUCUGGUGAGGAUUGCUCUCUAGGAAUUGCUCGUAUUGGAAAUAGUCUGGAAGUCAACACACAGAAUGCAUAUUUCAGCAUGCAUGGCAGGAUUGUAACCUUUGAUGGAGCUUCCAUCUUUCUUCGUAAAGGCUACACAUACAACAUCCUCUCUGGUAUCCAUUUGGAUCAUCAGUUCAAAUUGAAAUUGAGGCUGUCAGAUUGUGUGAAUGCUCAUGGCUUCACAUUAUGCUAUGAUGCCAUUUCUGUCAGCUAUCACUUCCACACAAUUACCAUGAAUGUCAACACCAAUUUUCGUUUCGGAGUCGAUGUCUGGAUCAAUCAUCACCUGAUUGCAUUAGACCAUAUUACACAAAUCACUGAGAACUUCAUCAUCACAAGACUUAAUAUCAUUCAGUAUGAGAUCAGCCUAUCAUCAACAAUUCGAAUCAUUGUGACUGUUCAUGAGAAAGAGCUAGAGAUACAAGUCAUUGCACCAACAGAAUACUGCAUGAUUGAAGGAUUAUCGGGACUUCUUUCUUCCUGCAACACCCCUGGUGAACUUUCAGAUACAUCAUGUACUCUUUCUAGGAAUGGCAGUACAUCAAGCAACCAAAGUAGUAGUAACUGCUCUUUUAACGGCACACAGAGCAGCAUUGAUAACUAUACAUCUAGAUUCAUUGCACAAGAGAUAUACAAUUCCGAAUAUGAGUCUCACCUAAACCUGCUACCAACUCAGGGUGCUGGCUACUUCCUCUUCUUCAAGGACAGUAUUGUUGUUUCUGCAGAGAUGUGGAAUUUCCCAACAGAGCUUUUUACUCUUGAAAUGUAUGUUCUACCGCUAAGUGUUGAUGGGGUUCUCCUGUCAUAUGGGACCAGUCAAGGGAUAUUUGCUUUACUUCUGUCCAACACCAGUCUCCAGGUAUCUUAUGGAACCGCCUUGUAUGACCUUGACCUUUAUGUUGAGCUAGACGUGUGGCAGCAGAUCACUCUUGUUUGGCAUCAAAGUACCUUAAUCCUGGAAAUAUAUCUCUUCGAUCUACAAGGUUCGAUUAGAGUUAAUGCUAUACAGUUCCAAUCAGCCAUUUUCCAUCUUGGAGGACAUCUUGCAUUAGGGCAAUGGUAUGCCCAUGUACCGUUUGAUGCUCCAGCUCUACCAGCAGUUCCAUUUGAAGGUGGCUUGGAUGAAAUCAGAUUAUGGACAAGGAGGACCAAUCCAUCUGUAGUUAGAUCAAGCUGGAAGUUCAAUGCUGAUGUGAAUACACCAGACCUUACAAACCUGUGGAAGAUGAAUUCUGGAGUUGGGGAUACUAUUGUAGAUGUAAUUGGAGACUACAACCUUAAGCCUGUGGAUACCCAUCUUGCAUCAUGGCAGAUAUCAGAGGAUAUCUACACCAGUAGAAAUAUUUUACCCUUUAUCUUCCCUGUCUUCCGCACAGCCAAUCUAUCAGACCUGGCUCAUACGCUUUGUCAUCAAAUAUUUCUGCAAGGUCAGUUGUUUGAAAAUUGUCAAGAACUUGAUGACAUUUUCUUCUCAAAAUAUCAUACACAAUGCUUAUAUGACAUUUCUUUCCAAUCUGAUGUCAAUGCUGCUAUCCAGGCCACAAUUGCCUUUGCAGAUAUAUGUUUCCAUGAACUGACCUUGACAAGUUGGCCAGCACAAUACCUUUGUAAUACCUUCCAAGAUAGAGAUUUCCCAUACUGGAUUGGAAGCGAGUGCGACAUCCCAUGCUUGUUUGGAAAAAGGAAUGAUACAAACAGUGAUAUCUGCGAAUGUGAAGUUGGCUACUGGAAAGAUGACUGCAGUAGUCCCUGUCCUGGUGGUAUCAUCAACCCGUGCUCAGGACAUGGAUUGUGUGAUAAACAGACAGGUCAUUGCUCCUGUGAUAUUCACUGGUUGGGAAAAGUCAGCGACAUGGAAUAUUAUCCAUGCAAUGAAUGCUCUGAGGGGUGGAUUGGCACUGAUUGUUCUACAACCACUAUUUACCACAACUUGACUGAUACCAGAAAUGAAGCAGUUGCCAUCUUUUCGAGUGGUGCACAUGUCACAAUGUUCGAUGGAGCAAGCUUACAGUUUGAUAUCCCUGGAUUAUUCAGUCUACUUUCUACAGCACGUUGCAGGAUCAGCAUAUUUGUGAAACCAUGUAAUGGUAGGACAGCCUGCCGUGAACUUGCAGAAGUAUACAUCUCCAGUGGGGAACAGCAGUUGUCUGUAAGAACUCAUGGCAGUUCACUCCUUGUGACACUGUACUUUCAAGAAGUAUGGACAGAAAUGAGUGUUGGAUCACAGCAGACCAUGAGAUUCGGGAUUGGAGUUGACUUCAAGGAAAGUGGAUUCAUUUCUAUCACUGUGAUUGAUGGCCUCACCAUUGACGUAACACUAUACGCAAAUAUGAUGUCAGUGGUCUUAUACAUUCCUGAGAACAUUGAGACAGGACCUGAUUCUCUUCUAGGAUCCUGGGAUUUUAACUGGCUCAAUGAUAUCAAUGUGGGCUAUCCCUCUGCCGGAAAUGAUCUCGAUUGGCUUCCUAUCAAUUCCACAUAUUUUCAGGAAUCAGUCUAUUCUCAGGAAUACAUCAACAGCUUCAUUGCCAAGUUCUACAGGAUCGCUGUUGAUGAGGUGAAUUUCCAGCAUCCCAUGGCAGCAGCAUUCACGAGUGGCAGUUUCAUGCUACGCUUCCAAAAUGGAAUGUUAACUUUCAUCGAUCUUCCUUUGCUGGUUCUCAAUCAGUUCAGUCUUCAGUUUUGGAUCCGUGUUCAUGACACAACCAGAGCGCAUCAAACAGUACUCACAUGGCACUCAAGGAGUCUGGUUGUUCAUCUGGAAAAAACAAACAUAGUUGUAACUAUUAACAAUCGUGUCAUCCGUACUACUCUAUCUCUUUCAAGUGAUGUCUGGUUCCACCUGGUAGUAACAUGGAGAAACUAUGAUGGAAGAUUGAUUUUGUAUUUGUACAACUCCAAUAUUGAUCUAACUUCUACUUUCCUUGUGUUUGGUGUCUCAACUGCACAACAUCUUGAACUGCCUCAAACUUUAUCGAUUGGACAAUCCUCUAACGACCAAGGCACUUCACUUGGUGGAGACAUUGAUCAAAUCAUCCUUCAAAACAAACAUAUCAAUGAUGCCAUUGCCAAGAAAAUGAGGGAUAUCUACACAGAUGAACUUUCAGAGGACAUAGUGUUGGCAAUUCCUCUUCAGGAAGGGAUCGGUAAUGAAACCAUAUCGAGAGGUCAGAAUGGUUCUCAAUUUGUUGGGCGUCUUGAAGGAUUAACUGUACCACAAUGGAUGCCAUCAGAUGCACCCUUUUCUAUAUUACCUGACUAUGCACCAGACUUCAUACCUGAGGAAUUUGAAAAAGAGUCAUUCCAAAUCUGUGAGAUGAUGUUCUUUGAGGGUCCACUCUACAGCAAUUGCCGUGACCUUGAAAGCACACAUCAUUUCUACUACGAGUCCUGUCUCGAAGACAUUGCAGCAACGGGUAAUCUCAAAGCUGGCAACAUAUCGGCAAAUAUGUUUGCUAUUCUCUGUAAAGAAGCUUUGAACAUCCCAGAGGUUCAGCUGUGUGGGUUUUACAAUUACUGUCGUUACGAAUCUUCAAGCCUUCUAUGGUGGUGGUGGAUACUACUGCUCAUUCUGCUCAUUCUGCUCAUCCUUAUCACCAUUGGUGUUUGUUUCUACCGGAAGUUUCAAAAAAAUCAUCCUGGAGGUCGAUCAGAUGGUACAGUGAUGAGUGCCAAAGAGACGGACACGGAUCAAGGCCCAUGUCAAGGUGUAUCCAGUUCAUCAGGUUUUGUGUUUGGUGAACAAGCCAAUGAUGAUUCCAGAAACAUCAAGGACCUUCUAGUAAAAAAUUCAGAAGCUAAGUAUGAUAUAGAGAUGAGUGCCAUAAAGACCGACAAAGAUGGAGAUUUUGUCUUUGCUGGACCAUCUUAUGCUGAUAGUCAACACACUGAUGAAUCUGAAGAUGAUUUCCUUCAUUAACUGAAUGAUUUGUGUAAAUGACUGGUUUUGAAUUCAUAGACAUAUCCGUGUAUUCAUGAUGGCUACAUUAAUUUUGCAGUUUUUUUUAACUUAUUCAUUUUUCCCCAAUUUUUCAUUAUUUCACUUGUAUGCAAUCAUGCAAUUACAUUUUUUUACAAUCUAUGAAAACCAUCUUUUGUAUAUUAAAAUGAUUGUAAUAAUUUUAAUUUUGAUAAGAUACCUUUGUAUCUGUCCUUGAUUUUCUAACAUUGAAUGUAAAUUUGUAUUCCUUGAUAUAUGUUUUCCUAAUCUUUCAAAACUUAUAUGGUGGAGUUUUUUUCAGUUACAUACAUGUAUAUAACCAGGAUUCGUCGUAUUUCACAAAUGUGUCUAAUGUUUUCUUUAUUUUUUGUUUGGGGGCUGUUUUUGUUUCUAUACAGUUGGACAUGUAUGAAUAAUGAGAUUGGUAGGAUUUGAAUUGUAUUUUGUUUUCAUUUUUCAUUACAUACUUUUUGUAUAUAACAUACAAUUUGAAUAACUUUUCAGAAAGCUUGAGCAGAUUGGAUAUUUCUAUGUUAUUUUCUUGAAAUGUUCUUUUUUUUUAAUGAAAUUACAGUGCAAAAUCCACUUUGGCAGACAAAAGGUGCCCCUCCACUUUCUUUGUCCAAGCCUGACAUUCCGCCGCCUCAGCUUACAUCUCGUAGGAGAAUUAACAACAAAAAAAUAUUUUUAGAACUGUGAAUCUAAACAAGAACGAGUUGAUUAGAUGUUAUGUAAUUUUCAUUUAUUUUCAGAUGCCCUUAUAAAUUCUUUGGUUUGGAAUUAGUGUGAACAAACUUUUUUUUUUAGUUUACAAUUUCCUUAAACUUUCCCCCAAUCAUUUUGAUGUAAAAAAAAAACCUCUUAUGUGGUGAUUUCUGAGUAUAACAAGUUGAGAGAUUCCCACUGAUCUGUGUUGUAUAGCUUUAGAGAUAUACAAAAUCAUUGAACAAAAUCAUAGCAGUCAUGGUAUUUCAUUUCUACAUGUAUAACCAAUUCAUAUGAAUACAUCUGUGACAACACACUUAUGUUAUUUUGUUAGCUGUUUGGAAGUUUUAAAGUGUGAUAUUUUAAAUAUGUUACAUGAAUGGGUUAAUUAAUGGCAUGCCCUCUGGUAGCAUGCCGCUUACUAAAAAUGUGAUCACCACUUGCUGAUGAAAAGACCACACUUGAAAGAAUAAGGUGUUUCCCCCACAGUGUGAAACACAAUGUGAAAUUACCUUCACACUGAUGAAUAUGAACAUUUUAAAAUGUGACUCGCGUUUUAACAUAGUCCACAGUAUGAAGUUACAUGUAUAUUCACACUGUUAAAUAUCAGCAUUCUAACAGUGAAUCAUUUUCUCAUAUUCCACACUGUGAACACUGUGUGUUUCACAUAUUCCAAACUGUGAACACAGUGUGUGACCCUGUUCUUUCCAGCAGGUGUACACCACACACACAUCACAUAGGUGGAAUAAACAUGUGGCUGUUGUAUACGUCAACAGCUAUGGGGCCCGUUUGCAAUCAAGCAAAACUUUAACAAUCAAAUGCAACAUGAUUCUUCAAACAAUGAAACAUGUGUAUUGGGGACUUGCGCUUGAUUUCUUGAUUUGCUUUCAAAGGCAAGCAUUUCUGAAACAGGCGCCUGGAGGCCCAAGGUCUUUAGGCAUUCAGGAUAUAGAACACUGGUAUGGUAUCCCAGUAUGGGGCAUUAUGUACUGGUCAGUACCAUGUGAUGGCUCGACCGUCUUGAAUGUGCAAUGUCUAAGGAUUGAGAUGAAGAUAUGCCACUGGCCCAUAUACUGAAGUCCAGUCUAACUUAGGCCAUGGUCUAACUCUUUGUAAAAUUAUUGGAAGCCAAAAAUAUCAAAAAUUAUGUCUACAUUCUAUAUUUUGUAUGCUUACUGUGCUUUUUCUCCAUGCUUUAGUGGUGAAUAAGCUGCGUUAGCUAUUAUUUUAAGACAAUUAUGAGAUGUUCACAUGAAAAAUGAGUUGGUAAAUUCAACCUGUAUUGUGAAAGAUUUCUGUCACAUUUACGAUUUACGACCAGAGUGUAACAUAACUCAGAGUUCAGAAUAUUUGCCUUAGAGUCCUUUUUAGUGGCCUGUUUCAUGAACGUUUCGUAAUUCCCGCCUGACGCCAUUUCUAUGGAAAGCCAAGCUAGACAAUACACAUAAUGGACAAAAUACAAUGCAUUGAAUUUGCAUGUAGAAGGCAUAUCACAGCAAUUGUUGUCCAACUUGGCUUUCCAUAAAGAUUGUUUUGAGCUUGAGUUCUGACGUUUUCAUGAGACAGGCCCCAGUCAUCAAAAUUGAUCCUCUAUCCCAGGCCUAAGUUUAAAAAAAAAACAAGCUAUGAACUUCAUUGACUUAAAAUAUAUCCACAUCAGCAAUAGAUAUUGAUCAGUCAAAUUCUGGAUUUAGAUUAAAAUCCUAAAGAUUCCAUUUUAAAUCUGGAAUUAUUUGGAUUCAUAUCGUAAAGAUUUUAAUCUAAAUCCAGAUUUUCAACUGUCAUUAUUUGCAGCAGAGAUUUGGAUUUAUUUUCAACCCUUUCCAAUCCCGCAUACACUACAAAGUACUUCUAUUCGCAUACCAAUGUUUUCCAUCAGUUUGCUCCAUUGUAUCUCAUUGAAUUGUUAACACCAUAUAAACCUGACAGAAUGCUACGUUCAAGUAAAAAGUCAUUAGUACAGGUCCCACAUACUGUGACAAAGUCAUAUGGGGAAAGAUCAUUUUUACAUGCAGCUGCUAUUUCAUGGAAUAAUCUGCCAGAAUAUCUUAGAAAUAUACAACCAUACGAAAAGUUUAGAAAUAGCUUGAAAACACAUUUAUUCACCAUUUUGUAAACAAUUAAUGUAAGAACCCAGUGCUCUCCACUCCUUCUGUAAAAAGUGCUUAGAGACAUGCAACUUUGCUUAUGUACUUUGCGCUAUACAAAAACGUUUCAUUAUUAUUAUUAUUAUUGAUGAUUUGUGAAUCCCUAUGUUGCCUGCAUAAAAACCUAUUCAUGGGCCUAUCAAUCAUAUAAACGGAAUUGCCAGCAAACCAGCAUCUCCUGUGUGAGAAUACCUAGAUAAGAAACUCCUUUGGUUUUGAGAGAUAGACUUCCAGAUUUUGUAUAACUACCUGACGUUAUUAGAUAAAAAUAUUGCUUACGUUUUGCUGCACUUAUUUCCCCCUUUUUAAUAUUUGGAUGUGCCUGUAAUCACAGAAUAAUCUUUCAUGUAAUUUUAUGACGACUUUUACUUUUUGUGUGUGUGUGUUUGUUGAUUGGGCGUAUUUACUCAGAUUCAUAUAUACAUGGUCCAUAUCAUUGCUUUAAAGUUAGAAGUUAAAAAAAUGAGGUGCAAAACUCAUGUAACUUGCACCUCUCAGUAUAUGAUUAUGGUUUUCAUUUAUUUUGUAUGUUUGAGUUAUCUUUUCACGGAUUAAGUAAUCCAAAUCGAGAGGGCUGAACUUCGGAUCUUAUCUUGGUAAAUAUUAUAAUCUCUACUCAAAUUAAUACCAAUCAAAUGAACAUUACUAUGUCACCAGUCAUCCAUCCUUUUCCCGUUAAACCGUAUAUUAUGGAGCAGUUUCCAAUAGCCUUUUCCUUUGUCUGUUUCUUGAAAUUCAAUGUUGAUCUUUUAUUGGAUUGUAUUUUUUAAUGUUAUAUAUUUGUUGUUUUAGUGUAUGCCCUUUUGAUUUAUGUAUUCAUUCUUUGUAAAUAUUGAUCUUUAUCUCAGGGCCCUCAAGGACAGCAGUUUGAUAACUGAUGAGGCCACCCUGAUUAAAUAAAACUGAAAAUAAAAAUAAAUAAAUAUUUAAUUUUGUGAAAUUAUUCGGCAUGGACAUAAUGAGAAACUCAUCAGUUUUCUAUUGAUACCCUAUUUGUGCCACCAAUGACCGAAUUAUUUGAUGUUGAAGACAACAUGUGCAGAUACCAAUUUUUCCUAGUAAUUUUUGGAAUGAAGUGUUACUUGAGGCAUUUCACUGAAAUGAUGAGUGAUAGAUUAAUGUCUUAUCAUGGACCUGGUCUUAUUCACCCACACCUUCAACAUGUCUCCUCUCCUUUGAAAUCAAAGCCGGAAGCGUGGAAGGAUAUCUUGGACAGCUCGUCUCACCAAUGGCAAAGCCGGAUCAUUGUGCAAAGCAUCCACCUCAUAUCGAAUUCGGCCCUGCAAGUCAUCAAGAUCUUGGGGAGGAGUUGCGAAAACCUUAUUUUUAAGUGUCCCCAAAGGAAAUAAUCACAGGGUGUGCUGUCAGGCGAUCUAGUUGGCCGUUCAAUGUCAUGGUUGAGGGCAACAAUUUAAUGUCCAAAGCAUUCUCUGAAUCUAUCAGGAAUGAUGUUGGAACGAUGGGCAGGAGAGACGUCCUGAAUCCACCAAAGAUGCCUGCACACUCCUCACAACCGUCUCUCAAAAUGUUGGUCCAAAUGUGGUACGAUCGCCUCGUUAAUGAUGUGCAAGUACAUUCACUUAUUUACACUCCUUUGGAAGAAAUAGGGUCCAAUCAAAAGAUUUUUGCCAGCUCAGGCAUCGAUGAAAGUAUUUACAUCAGCCUUUGCCUUUCAUCAAGUUUUCAAAAACUUGGAAAAAGUGGUCUCUGCAUCUUUUGUCUUCAAUAUCAAUUAAUUCGGCCAUGCGUAACGCAAAUGGCACGAGGAGGGUAUCAAUGGAAAGUUGAUGAAUUUUUCUUUCAUGUUCAUGCACAAUAAUGUCACAAAAUUAAACAUGAUUCGAAUAUCAGCCCUUUAAAUUUUGAUUACCUUUUUUCUGAAACGCACUGUAUAUUGAUGAAUAAGACUGCUCUUAUUAUCGAAUUGAUGAGUUCAGAAAAAAGCAAAAUAUCGUUCAGAAUAUCAAUAUUCACUCUGAAUCCCUUAAGGUUGGUAAUCAAUCCUGAAAGAUUAGAAGGAAAUAAAAGAUGAAAGAAUUUGAUAAUUUCUACCCUUGAAUCCUUGCUCUCUUUUGAUACAAAAAAAUUAUACCCAAGUGCAUAGUUACUAUAACAUAUAUAGUUUCUUUUUUAUCAAUUUCAAUGGUUUUGAAUGGUUUUCUGAUUGGUACAGUGUAAAAAAAGUAAAGAAUGUGUAUGCAAAGUAUUAAUAUGCUUUUACUUGCAUGUUCUUUCUAAUUUUCACAUGUAAAUUACAAAAAUUAGCAUAUGUAAGCAUGAUUUGACAGUUUCCAUUUGAUGUAUUAGUUGAAUUUGAAAAUUACAUCUUCAUUGUUCAGGUCUACCUUUCUAGAGUCCAUGCAUGUAUUAAACUUUGUUUUCAUUUGUUUCAUUUGCACCCGAUACCUCUGCAUGAAUCUUAUUGCGGGAGAUGUGCUGAGAAAAUUUAUAUACAUUGCAAUCCAUGAAAAAAUGAUGUACUGCUGAUUUUUCUUCAAAAUUUCAUUUGAAUUUGAUAAGUAUAGGAUUGCUCAUUCAUGUAUUAGUAUUUACAGUAGCUUUAGAUCACAGAAAACUUUAAAUUUCUUUUCUCCUAAAAGGUGCAUGUUUCUAUCCCUACCUCCAAAAGUGUGCACAUAUGCGCAGAGCCCUGGGAACGAUUUUAUUUUGGCUGGGGUGCUGAAGUUAAUUCAACAAGCAAAAAAAGGGGGUUUCACUACAAAAUGAAGGUCGUUUUGGUCCCAAGAAAUUUGACAACCAAAAAAAAAGGUUUCACUACAAAGGUCGUUUUGGUCCCAAUAAAAAUUUACA